GGCUGAGUGCGCGCUGCGUGCGGCUGAGGGGCCGGGCUGUGAGCAGCACGCGGUAGCUUCGCCGAGCUAGGCAGUGUGUUCUAGACCUUUUGCCGGCUAAAGGCGAUCGAAUGUACUCGUGACUUUUGGAAAGCGAGCAUGGAGGAAGUUUCCUGCUAACCCAAUCCGCGUUCGUUUGGGUGUCGUCUCUUUAGUCCUGCUGGCAUUCAGGCACCGGCGGUGCGCUCAGCACGGCCGUUUUUUACCGCAAAGCUGAAGGCGUUCAUUCAUUUUACGUCUGGAAUCGGGUUUCAGAAAGAAGAGCUGGUCAUGUCAGCACUGAGCUGGAAGCCUUUUAUCUAUGGAGGCUUAGCAUCAAUCACUGCAGAAUGUGGUACUUUCCCAAUUGAUCUGACUAAAACACGUCUACAGGUUCAAGGUCAAGUUAAUGAUGCCAAAUAUAAAGAGAUCCGCUACCGUGGAAUGACACACGCCCUAGUCAGAAUAUUCAGAGAAGAAGGAUUGAAAGCCUUAUACUCUGGGAUUGCACCCGCAAUGUUACGCCAGGCUUCAUAUGGAACUAUAAAAAUAGGCACUUACCAGAGCUUAAAAAGAAUGUUUGUUGAACGUCCAGAAGAUGAAACUCUGAUGAUAAAUGUUCUAUGUGGCAUUCUUUCGGGAGUAAUUUCGUCAUCUAUUGCCAACCCAACAGAUGUCUUAAAGAUCAGAAUGCAAGCCCAAGGCAGUGUGAUUCAAGGAGGAAUGAUGUGCAACUUUAUCCAGAUCUAUCAAAAUGAAGGAACUAAAGGAUUAUGGAAGGGAGUGUCCCUGACAGCACAGAGAGCUGCUCUGGUUGUUGGAGUGGAACUGCCAGUAUAUGACUUCACCAAGAAGCAAAUAAUCACGUCUGGAUAUAUGGGAGACACGGUGUACACUCACUUCCUUUCGAGUUUUACUUGUGGGCUAGCUGGAGCCCUAGCAUCCAACCCAAUUGAUGUGGUGAGAACGCGCAUGAUGAAUCAGUCAAGCCAGCCAAAUGGGGGGCACUCAAACUACAAGGGUACUUUGGAUUGCUUGUUACAAACCUGGAAGAACGAGGGCUUCUUUGCUCUCUAUAAAGGGUUUUGGCCAAACUGGUUAAGACUCGGUCCUUGGAAUAUCAUUUUCUUUGUGACAUAUGAACAGCUGAAGAAAUUAGACUUGUGAUGUCCUGGCCCGUAUACUGAAUUCAGCUCUCUGGCUUUAGAGCGACUUGUAUGUUACCUUGAGUAUCUUCUUGCUGUCUGAGAUCAUGACCCAAGGAAGAGGUAAUCAAUCAGAAGACUUUGGAGGAGAACCAUCUAGAAGUGACUUCACUGCAAACUCUGGCUCCUUUCACAGGGUGGUUUGCUCACACAGUUAAGUGGAUGAUGUGCACUAUUUUCUAGACUGAACCAAAAGAAAACACCAAAAACAGCAAUGCCAAAAUGGUGGAGUCGCGCUCACUCAAAAAGCAACAACAACUGAGAAUGCUAAAAUGCUGUCAUCCCACAGGGAUCUCCCUCAAAAGGCUGGAGCACCCUGGAAGGGAUGCUCUCUUUUCCUUAAAAUGAGAACUCUUAAAAGGCCAGCUUCCCAAAAAGCAAUCUUCCCCCUCAUGACCCCCCCAAAAGGCUGGUUCCCCCCAAUAAAAACAAAACACAGCCCUCUGAAAGCCGCCGCUUCCACGAAGAAUUUCAGAAGCUGUUGUACCCCUCCAGAAUAUCCGCUAACUUGAGAAAAUCUGGUGUCACUCUUCCCCCACAAGAAGAAAAAAAAGAAAACUGAAAAAAACGAAACAAAACAGCACUCCUUCUAAGAUCUGAAUAAACCUCAACCCCUUAAAGGGUAAUCACUUCUAAUCCCGAAAAGCAACCCCUCACUUCAAAGAAGACCUUUCCAAGGACUGUGUAGAUGUGGCACUAAGGGGCAUGGGCGUGGUGCUGGUGAGUUGACACAUGGACUAGGUGAUCUUAGAGCUCUUUUCUAACCUUAAUGAUUCUGUGAAUUCUCCAACCUCUUAAAAACCUGAUCCCUUGAAAAAUACCCCAGUUCCCCCAGAUAGAUAACUCAACCCUCACAGGCUGCGGGCCCUGGGGUUGUGCUCUCCGUGGCAGCCCUGUGGAUGGUAUCCCAACGCAAGUUCCGUGUUCAGAGGUGGAUAGCUAAAAAAACGCACAAGGCCAUUUCUCAGGUCAGAUGGGUUUUGUGUAUCUGCGCACAUUGGUCUUCACUGUAGUUGUUGCUAUGCUGCAAUUGAAAUAUUUGUAAAUAGUUUUGUACAAAUGAUGUAUGUCUAACUUUUAUUACGCUUAUUAAAGAUUUUGAAAUAA